CAGGUACAAUUCGUUUUCCUGACAAAUUGGCGAUUAGCAUUCAGAAUAAUUUUUUUUAAAAAAAUUCCUGAGAGCAAUUAGCACUACAAAGUCCAAUUAGUGGCAGAGCAUACAAACUAUAUAUCUUUCUCAAUAAUUCAAUAAAUUGCACCGUCCACAGACUUUGGAUAGAAGGUAGUAUUCAAUUGUUGACUUGAUUGUCCUGAGGCUAAACAGAACAUGACUCCCGGCCUACAAAGCGCCAAAUUAACCGAUUUGUCGAUUCUCAGGGAAGAGUUGACUCUAUUAAAUAACGAGAAAUCAAAUCAAAGGAUAUGAUUUCUUUCACUUAUUAGAUUAUGACUUGCUGUCACCUUUGCUCAAGCUUGCUCACACUCCUUCCUGGUCUCAAUAAAACAGGGGAAAGCUCAAGCCAUUCUCUUUAAAACUACAUCUUUUGAUCCCCAUCACUUACAAAUGGUUCUAAUGGAGCUCCCACUCACCUUUAUAGCAAAGCUAAAGCUGCUUUUGAUCCUUAUACAUACCACCUAUCUCCUCGUAUUCGCAAGCUCGUUAUCCCUUGUCGGAAACAAAACUGACCAUCUUGCUCUCCUCUCCUUCAAGGCUUCCAUAAUCGACGACCCGUCCGGAACUCUAUCUUCGUGGAACGACACCCUUCCUUUCUGCAAGUGGGCUGGCGUAACGUGCGGUGGCCAACACCCCGACAGGGUUGUAGCCUUAGACCUGGAAUCAUUGAACCUGACCGGUAUGAUCUCACCCUUCAUAACGAAUCUAACCUUCCUUCGAAGGCUACAUCUCCCUUACAAUAAACUAUAUGGUCCUAUACCGAGUGAUAUCGGCCACUUGACAAGGCUGAGGUUUCUCAACCUGAGUUAUAAUUCACUGGACGGGGAGAUUCCGAGCAGUAUUGCCCGCUGCUCGGCCCUCAAAUGCAUUUGCUUGGGUGCAAACAAGCUAGAAGGGCGACUCCCGGCAUUUCUUAGAAAUUGCACAGAGCUGGAGAUCAUAAGCUUGAGGGCUAAUAGGUUACAUGGAGAGGUUCCCUCUGCGCUAAGUACCUUAACAAAGCUUCUUAGGCUGAUUUUAGGAACAAAUAAUCUCACUGGAGGAAUACCAUCUUCGUUGGGUAAUCUCUCGACUCUCUCUAUCUUUGAUGUAGCUGAUAAUAAUCUCGAAGGCAACAUUCCUGACACGCUUGGAAAGAUUACCAACCUAGGAGCCUUUCAAAUAUGCAUCAACCAGUUCACAGGAACUAUUCCUUCAUCCAUAUACAACCUCUCAUCAGUAUGGUGGUUUCACGUAGCCGAAAACAAGCUCACUGGAACCCUUCCAUCCAAUAUCGGCUCUUCUUUUCCUACGCUUCAACACUUUCUCAUGUACCAAAACCAAUUUGAAGGGCAAAUUCCUUCAUCACUGGUUAAUGCUUCCGGGUUAAUACGCAUUGAACUAGCGGGGAAUCGAUUUACUGGACCGGUGCCGCCUAAUUUAGGAGUUCUAAAGAACCUUGUUGAGGUACUACUUGCUUCAAAUCAAAUAGAGGAUGGAGAAGCCAAUGGGUGGAGCUUCUUAACUUCUCUCACCAACUGCACUAGCUUACAAGUGAUAGACCUAUAUGACAACAAGCUCAAAGGUAGGUUCCCAAAUAUAGUUUCCAAUCUCUCCACAGGGCUCCAAAAGCUCUCAAUGAAUAACAAUCAAAUUACAGGAAACAUUCCUGAAGGGAUUGGGAAUUUGUUGGGCCUUACCGCUCUUUAUCUUGAACAAAAUUUUCUCACAGGCCCGAUUCCUGAUACAAUAGGAAAGUUACGAAAGCUAAACGUAUUAAGCUUGCACGAGAAUAGGAUUUCUGGGCAAAUCCCGUUCUCAUUAGGAAACCUAACAAGCUUGACCAGACUCACUUUAGAUCACUGUGAUCUACAAGGUCCCAUACCAACAAGCUUUGAUGGUUUACAAAAUCUUGAACUGUUGGACCUUUCUUCUAAUAAGCUUAAUGGUACCAUACCAAAAGAAUUAGUGAGCCUCUCUUCACUAUCACGAUAUCUUACUUUGCCAAAUAAUUCUUUGCAUGGAUCACUACCAAUAGAAGUAGGCAGUUUGAGAAAUAUAGAAUUAUUAGAUGUAUCAGAAAAUAAUCUGUCUGGUGCAAUCCCUACAAGCCUUGGGCAAUGUCAGAUCGUGGUAUACCUUUAUUUGGAAGGCAACAGCUUUGAAGGACCAAUUCCUGAAACCUUAAGCAAUCUGAAAGGCAUACAAGAAUUGGAUCUUUCGAGAAACAAAUUAUCAGGAAAAAUUCCAGACUUUCUUGAAAGAUUGCAAUCUUUGCAGCGUCUAAAUUUAUCCUUCAACAAUUUCGGCGGUGAAGUUCCUACAGAAGGAGUUUUUGGUAAUCUAAGUGCUAUCUCAAUUCAAGGAAACAAGGAACUGUGUGGAGUUUACCCAGGGUUGCACUUGGAAGCAUGUCCAACCCAAACUAAAAGGAGAAAAAGAAUUCAAACCCACAUAUUAAUCAUCAUUCUUGCUGCUGCAUUUUCUUCUUUUCUUCUUCUCAUUUCUGUUUAUAUUAUUAUACAUCGGUGUAAAAGAUCAAGAAAAAUGACUGUAGAUACAGUCCCAGAUAUGAAUCACUUUCAACAAGUUUCUUACUCCUAUCUGGCUAAAGCAACGGAUGGGUUCUCUCAAGAGAAUUUGAUUGGAGUAGGAAGCUUCGGUUCUGUGUACAAAGGAAUGGUGCGCGAAGAAAGGAAGGUUGUUGCUAUUAAAGUACUCAACCUUCAACAACACGGAGCUUCAAGGAGUUUUAUUGCCGAAUGCGAAGCAUUGAGAAAUAUCAGACAUCGGAAUCUUGUAAAGAUUAUAACCGUGUGUUCUAGCAUAGAUUUCAACGGUAACAAUUUCAAAGCCCUAAUUUACGAGUUUAUGCCCAAUGGGAACUUAGAAGAGUGGUUGCAUCCCAAAGAUGGUGACUUAGGAGAGCCAAGGAGCUUGAGGUUUAUACAGAGGCUGAAUAUUGCCAUUGAUGUGGGAUCAGCAUUGGACUACUUGCAUAGCCAUGGGCCAAACCCAAUGGUUCACUGUGAUCUAAAGCCGAGCAAUAUUCUUCUCGACAGUGACAUGUCUGCUCAUGUUGGUGACUUUGGUCUGGCAAGGUUUUUGUGGAGAGCAAACUCCAUGAAAAUGGGAAAUGCCAGUAGCUCCAAUAGAAUUAGAGGAACCAUUGGAUAUGUUGCUCCAGAGUACGGAACGGGCAGCCGAGCCUCAGUUCAAGGAGAUUUAUACAGCUUUGGGAUACUUAUUCUGGAGAUAUUCAUCGGAAGGAGACCGACCGAUGAGGUAUUUAAGGAUGGUUUGAGCCUACGAAUAUUCGCCGAGAUGGCAUUCCCUGAGAAUUUGAUGGAAAUAGUAGAUCCACAACUGCUAAUGCAGCAAAACAGAGAAGCAAACGAAAAUGCCCAUGCUGCAACUAUAUCAACAGAGGAGAUGCUCAGGUAUUUAGAGCCUCUGAUCAGAAUGGGCCUCUCGUGUUCGAUGGAAUUACCAAAAGAAAGGAUGGCCAUGGAUGAUGCACUUAGAACAAUGCAUGCUGUGAGGAAUGCAUUUUUUCAAGGUUAAAGCUUCGAGCUACGGUAUAAAUAAUAUUGUUGUAUUGUAUUGGGUUUCAAAUCUAAGUAUGUGCCACUGUCCCCUCAUCAUUUGAAUCGCAAAACACAAUCAAACUAGAUUCGCAACACAAACACCAAAGUUGGACUAAAUUAGAGCUACAGUACAAAGAAAUCUACACUGU